ACAACUCCCUCCGGCAGUUGGACCUUGAGACACCAUUUUGCUAUGGAAAUGGAGACCGUGCCACCACGCGACAUCAGCCAAGAUGAGAUCGUGGUGGACGUCCCCACGGUGGAUCCUACUCCGGGUCCUGAGAUCAAGAGUGCUCCGCCUCCUCCGGGUCCUGAGCCCACGGUGGAUCCUCCUCGGGGUCCUGAGAUCAAGAGUGCCGAGCUCAUGCGGGACCUGAGCAAGUACAUCCUGCUGCUCGCGACGCUGGUGGCCACGGUGACGUACGCCGCGGGGUUCAACCCGCCGGGAGGCGUCUGGCAGGACACUGAUGACGCCAUCGGCCGCCUCGCUGGCGACUCCAUCAUCCGGACUACCAGCUACCGCCGGUACCUGGUGUUCUACUACUGCAACGCCACCGCGUUCGCCUCGUCGCUGGUGGUCAUCGUCCUCGUCCUCUUCCUCGCCCUCCUGCGAGACAGGAAUAAGUGGAUCAGCAUGCGGCCGCUGCUGGCAGCCAUGGUGUUGGACCUGGUGAGCGUCAUGGGGGCCUACGCCGCCGGCACCUGCCGCGACAAGCUCACCACCAUCUACUCCUUGGUGCUGGUGGGCCUCGUCGUCCUCUACCUUGUCGGUCAGAUGGCGGUGGCCUCCUUCUGCUCAGGUCACUACUUCUACUCCCACAACGACCCCACCGCUGAUAAACGGCUCCGCAAGGUCCUGAUGCUACUCGCGACGUUUGCGGUGAGCGUCACCUACAUAGCCGGGAUGAGCACGCCAGGUGGCUUUUGGGACGACCCCGAGAGCGGCCACCGCCCCGGCGACGCGAUCCUCAAGGACAGCCACGGCAAGCGCCUGACGACCUUCUUGUGCUUCAACGCCAUGGCGUUCGUGGCAUCGCUGCUCAUCAUCGUGGUGCUUCUGGACAGGAAGCCCCGCUUGAAAGAGGCCUACGGGUGUAUCACCAUUGCGCUGAUCAGCCUCGUCGGCGCGUACACCGCCGGCAGCUGCAGGGAGACCGACACCACCAUCUAUGUCAUCAGCCUGGUUGGUGCUGUCCUCGCCUUCAUUAUAUUCCUCCAAGCUGUCAUUUAUUUCAAAGAAAAAGUGCCCGUUGUUGGGAGGUUCAUAGACGACAUAAGGGCUGCCUGCUUCUGGGCCAAAAUCAAAGACCUCCAUAAAUCCGUGUCAGGAAGGUUGCAAGUACCAAGGACUCCAAGUCUGCGCACUAUUAAUAGCAGGAAGGCAGCGGACAAGGCUAGCUCCCUUGUGCUGCUGCUCGCCACUCUUGCAGCGGCCAUCACGUACCAAGCGGGGUUGGACCCGCCGGGUGGAGUCUGGCAGGAGAACGGCCAAGGGCACAUGGCCGGCGACCCGAUCCUCCUGACGAGGAAUCCUGGGCGGUACAAGGCCUUCUUCUACUGCAACUCCGUCGCCUUUGUGGCAUCCUUGGUCGCCAUCAUCCUGGUCCAGAACAAGCUUCUGCUCAAGACCCACGUGCUGGAGGCAGCCAUGGUAUUGGACUUGUUUGGCCUCAUCGGUGCAUACGCCGCCGGGAGCUGCCGGGAUGUAAGCACCUCCAUUUACGCCAUGGCCUUGGCAGGGGGCGUCCUGGUCUACGUGGUGAUCCAUGUCGUCUUCUUCACGCUGGACCACACCGACACCAUAACCCCGCAGGAAAUUGAGAUGGUGGAGAAGAGGCGCAAGCGGCUGCUCCUCUUCGCGGUCUUGGCCGCAACCGUCACUUACCAAGCCGGGUUGACUCCUCCAGGCGGUUUCCGGCUCCAUGACGAUGAGUCUGGUGGGUUUCAAGCAGGUGACCCGGUCCUCUUAAACAACUUCCCCCGCCGCUACACCGCCUAUUUCUACUGCAACUCGGUGAGCUUCAUGCUGUCCAUUGCCCUCAUCAUACUGCUGGUGAACCCACAUCUAUACAGGCCAGCCAUACGAAGCUAUGCGCUCGCUAUUUGCACGGCGGUGGGCAUGUUUGGCCUGAUGGGGGCCUAUGCUGCCGGAAGCACACAGCAUCUGAAAACAUCCAUCUACAUCUUCGCGCUGGUGGUUGUGGUCCUCUUCGUUAUAGCUGCACUGUUCCUAUUGUUCUUGAAUAAGAACAGAAACACCAGCAGUCAACCGAAGCCAGAGAACGGUGAGGACGAUAAGAAGACAACAUAUGCCAAGCAAAAAUACCUGAUGCUGCUAGGAAUCCUUGUGGCAAGUGUCACCUACCAAGCCGGCCUAGAUCCGCCCGGGGGAGCUUGGCAGCACAGCAGUGAAUGGUACGACGCAGGCAACCCGGUCAUGCAUGACAACAGGAGGCCCCGGUACCUCGCCUUCUUCUACAGCAACUCUACGUCCUUCGUGGCGUCCAUUGUUGUUAUCAUCAUUUUGCUACUGGAGUGGAAGGACAAGACGAAAAGGUCCCUCACACUCAGGGUGUUGAGCACGACGAUUGUGCUGGAUUUGCUCGCUCUCUUGGUGGCCUACGCAGCAGGCUCCAGCAGGGGGUGGAAGACGUCUGUGUAUGUCGUUGCACUGAUCAUUGCCGUGCUGGCCUACAUUGCAAUUCAUGUAAUCCUGGCAUUCCUGUGUUCACAUCCUGAUGACAGUUCUCAGCACCCGGAAAAUCCUCCUCCGAUACAGGAGGAGGCGAACGGUGGGAAUCAGGCAUAGUUAGCUGCAGUAUCGCCCCCUUUAUUAUCAGUGUGCUGUGCAGUUCUGUUCAUGUGAGAUAGAGAGAGUACUCGAUGUGAGUACGACACACUUGCCAAAAUUCAAGGUAGUUUCUCUUUUUUGUAUUUUCAUUUCUCACCAUUUUGUGCCCCAAUUUGAUCUAUUGCUUAACAUUAUGUAA